GAUUCAUAUUUGAAGUAUGGACCAACAAUUCCCUAAUAUUUGUAUUCAUUAAACGGUUUCUCAGCGAAUGUCAUGUUGUAUGUGGAGGAGCUCUCGGUUAUGUUCCUGUAGUGCUCCCCUCGUGUGGUGCUGCACUGUGGCGUGGUGGUGUACCGUCGAGUGCCAACAUGGGGUGUGUCGCGCGCGCCGUGCCCACCGCUUUCCUUCACAUCAAUCUCUUAUUGAUGUUAUUCGCGGGUGCGAUUCUAUCAGCUGCAGCGCGUCUUAAGUGGGACCCCAGCGCUUACAUCGCGGCGCGGGAGUUGUUCUCGCUGGAGUACCGCACGGCUGCCGUCAUGCUGCCUGCCAGCGGAUUUAGCAUCAUGCUGUUAGCGCAUCUCGCGCUAACAGCAUUGCGUUGCCGCCGACUGAGCCUUCGACGCGUACUUCUUAUAUUGUACGCGACCACCACGUUCUUGGUCGUCUGGUGCGAGGUUGUGUGGGGAUGCUGGGUGACGUACCGCGUGCUGCGCUGGAUGCGCGGGAAGCAGGCGGCCGAGCUGCGACACGCGCUGCAGCUGAGCGACCACCUGCACCCACUGCUACAGCACCUAGCGCACUAUCACCCCCUGCCCGAGAAGGUCAACCAACUCAUGGAGGAGGCGGAGAAAGACCUGCCAAGCAACGUGUACGUGCUCGCAUGCGCCAGCGGCAUCAUGGUGGGGCUGCAGGCCUUGUCCGCCGCGUUGGCGCUGCUGGCCGCCCGCGGCGCGCGUCGGCCCCGCGCACGCGCACUCGACGCUCACAGCACGGUCACUACCACCACCCCGCUUAGGUCCGCAGACGAUUUGUAGGAGAGGCGACGGCGAGAAGUCUCCCCUGAGGGCGGUGUACCGGAACGGUCGCCUGGUGAUGGUGUGAGUGUCCCCAGUAACUGGUACUUCGUGGUGUCAGUGAACACUUCGAGUAGUGGUCGCUCCGCUAGCGACACAGGCACAGACAAAUCUUUGAAGACUGAAUAUGACUGCGUGCAGUGUGAAUUAUAACAUAUUUCUUAUAAGUUAUACAUUUAUAUUUAUGAAUAGUGAAUUAAACUCAUUUGCAUACUUUUAUGAA